UCGUCACCCUCUGGUGUGUCAGUGGCAAGUCCAAAAACAGUGUCCCAGACAUCGUCCCCAGUCUCAUUCUCUACUGUCACUGGCUCUGAAGACAUUGGAAGCUCCACCUUUCUUGUUGAAUCUGUUCCCUCCAUCAGUGGAUCAACACUAAAAGACCAAUCUGCAACUGUUCCCGCUGACACAGAAGGUUCUGGUGCCACUGGUGUGGAUUUCACCACAGAGAUUUUAACCGGACAAAGCAGUGUCUCCUUAAUCACAAAAACAGAGGCUCCGACUGGGACUGGGACCCAUGAACCUGCAACAAGUGGUUCUUCAAAGCCAACUGUUUCCUCUGGUUCUUCGCUGUUCAGCACAGAGAAGCCAACCACACUGCUAGUUGUGGAUCAAGACAGUGCUGUGACAGGUCAGACAGACAGACCCUCAGCAACUUCACUCACUGGAAAGACUGAGGCCAGCUCUAUUCAUACUCCACUUGCAGAAGAAGGCCCAGGUGAUGAAACCUCAGGAACAUUUACUGAGUUGUUUGCUGGCACAGUUACAUCUUCUCUGUACAGUGCUAAGACAACAACAGCACCUUCACCUGAGGCAGAAAAGGUUGAAACGUCUGAGGAGACUUCACAGACUGGGAAACCCUCAGUGUCGUCACCCUUUGGUGUGUCAGUGGCAAGUCCAAAAACAGUGUCCCAGACAUUGUCCCCUGUCUCAUUCUCUACUGUCACUGGCUCUGAAGACAUUGGAAGCUCCACCUUUCUUGUUGAAUCUGUUCCCUCCAUCAGUGGAUCAACACUAAAAGACCAAACUGCAACUGUUCCCGCUGACACAGAAGGUUCAGGUGCCACUCGUGUGAAUUUCACCACAGAGAAUUUAACUGGACAAAGCAGUGUCUCCUCAGUCACAAGAACAGAGGCUUCGACUGGGACUGGAAUCCCAACGUUGUCCCUUGAUUUGUUCUCCACUGUCACUGGCGCUGAGAAGAUUGGAAGCUCCACUUCUGCGCCAUCAUCUUUUUACAGUGCUGAGACAAUGAGAGCUCUUUCACCCGAGGGAACAAAAAGUAUAUUUGCAGAAGAAACAACUGUUACAGCAAGUCCUUAUAUACUUCAAACCUCUCAACCCAUUGCGAUUCCCAGUGUCACAUCCUUUACCUCAAUUAAAACGUCUCCCUUCACUGACCUAGACAUGUCUGGCUCCUCCGAGGAUGAUAUGGAAUUAAGUUCAGAAGGAUCUGGUACAGAGUUAGAAAUUGAAACAACAGUCCAAUCUAAAUCUAUUGUUGUAACAGAUGAGACUGAAACAAGUAAGAAUAGCAUCUCAUCUAAAGCCUCAAGUCCUGCAUUCUCACCGCAAACCAGCACACAGCCUACAGCGAAAUUCACGUCUUCAGCCCUAACUCCCCAUACAAAAAGUACAGAGAGUCAUAGUUCUGACCAAGGAAGUGGGGCCUUCACUGAUGACUCAGGUGAUGAUGACAUUUCAGAGACUGAAUUUUUUGAUGGGUCAACCACAUUGUUCGGAGUUACAAGUUCCCCUGUGAAGUUUACUGAUCUUGCAACUACAAAACAAACUGCUUUAGUAUACAGUACUGUUCCUGUCACAGAGGAAAGCCCAGAUCACCAAAAAGCAAAUCAAUCCACUGAUCCAAUCACACAAACAACUAGCAUUGAAACUGUUGCAUCAGUCAGACCAACAUCUGAGCAAGUUGCUUCACAGGAGGCUAAAAUUAGUCCAGGGACUGAAAUCCGCAUUACAUCGAAAACAACUGUCUCGCCUGUAUCCAGCACAUCCUAUACAAUUGUGCCCCCGCUUACAUUUGGAGCCUCAAUUCGGGAUCCCACUAAGCUUGACUUCUCCACAACAAGGUCCAGCGGUGAUCAAGAGCAAGAUGGAUUCACAUCAAUAUCAACCCCCAUUCCAUCGAUUUUUUACCACAAUAUUACAGAUCAACAGGUCGUGAUCAUUACUCAUAGUAGUAGCCAAGCCAAGAGUGACCAAACAGAUCAAACACCCACUAUGAUCCUGCACGCAUCUAAAUCAUCAAAAAGUACAUCCAUUAUGUUCACAGAUUAUGCAAAAAGUGAAGAGAAGUUGCUUUCUGCAGUUACAGAAAGUAUGAGCAAAGGCAGCCACACUCCUGAGCACAUCAGCAAAGAUAAUAUUAUACUUGAUGCAGAUUCUACCUCUAUACGACCUUCCUCUUCAUUUUACUCAACCAUCCAUACAGAGGAGGCUGGAGCUGUCACAGCAAUUACAGGGACACAAAAGCUGGUGAUAAAAGAAGAAACAGAGGGUUCAGGAACUGAUAGUCUAAACCUUCUCACCCCUACCCCAGAAUUUACACAGGAAAUCUUAGCCUCAACAUUGUCUAAAUCUACUUCAAAGCCAUUAGCUGUGGAAGAUGUGUCUAGUAUGGGGACAUCAAGUGAAGAGACAGUCACACCAUUUCAGGCCACUCCAGCUAAUACAGUCUCCACAAAGUCAAGCACAAAAGAAAACUAUGAAUUAACUUCAGCAUCCACUGUACAUGAAGAAACAGCAUUCGAAAAAACUUCAACAGCCACAGUCUCUUCAUUGCUUAGCACUGAGACAAAACCUAUUAGCCCCCACACAGAACAUACAGACGAGAUUUCAUUUAGCCAAGAACCAAGGAUCAGUGAGGAUAGAGUCAUAACAGGAAAGACAGACACUGCUUCACCUGAAACCACUCCUGUGACUCCAAGUGAGGAAUCUGAGAACGUCAAAUCCAGUGACUCCACUGGAUUUGAAGCAUUAACACCCGCAUCACUAGGAGAUGAAGUACCAAGCCAGGCUGCUGGAAGCAAGAAUGUUUCACGUGAUGGUGAGAUUAGUAAAGACAGAGACAAUGAAGUACAAGAAUCAAGUACUUUGUCAAGUUCAGUGGGAAAACCUGCAGCAAGUUCCAGUACACCUAUAGAUGAAACAGCUUCUCUCUCACCAACUGCGUCUUCCUUGAUCAGCUCUGAGACUCCAUCAGUGGCUUCUGAUUCAAAUAAAACAGAUCAAGACACUUCUCAAGAGAAAACCUCACCCGAAAUGAUGACAGUAAAAAGUGGACAGACUACUACUUCCCCCUCCUCUGUUACCAAUAAAAUCAUGGAAGAAGAUUCUGAACUAACAAGCAUGUCAAAUGUCGUUUCAUCAUCAGCUCCAUUGCAGCCUGAUGUUUUGGUCCAGUUUGUUACAACAGUUACCCCUGUACAACAUCCAACAACCUCGCAGGAAUCAUUUGAGCAAGUCAAGUCAGAGAUCACGCUAACACAUCGCCCUGACUCUGAUCUUUCACCCCAGGAUGUAUUACUGACCACAACUCACCUAGUGUUUGAAAGUCACCAAACAAGCCAGAUUACACACUCAACACCUUUAGCUGAAAUUUUAUCUUCUUCCGCUCGUGAUGGAAUAGUUGAACCGGCUGUUGAGUUUGGAAAGAAUGAACCAUCUGCAGAUACAGAUGCUAUGACAACACGUUUACCAAAAGACAGUGUUAAUGGGAACGAAGAUUAUCCAAUGCUGGGACAGAAUAACUUUGAUCUUGAAUCAAUUCCAAAAUUAACUGAAAAUACGCAGAGGGAUGUUACACUGUCUGUUACUACAGCAUCUUUUCGUUCUCAGACUUUUGAAAGUCAGCCUAUAGAGUCAAUAAAUAGAAGGGAAGGUAUUUCUGACUCCAACAAGCCAGCUGUGCCUGCAUCGGCCAUCACUGUCAUGCCUUCGGGAUCAGAUGUGACCAGUGCAGCCUCAUCAUCAUCCCCUGGUACUGGCAACGGCUCAGAAAGCAGCAGCAGCUCAGAAGAAAGUAUUACCACAGUACGGAAGAUGGAUGGAACUAAGACUGAGAACAGCACUGAGAACAAUCCAGUCCAGAAGGUAUUUAAGGAGGACACUACCCAAGCUUCAAAGGUGGCAUCUUCUAGUGUCAAUAUCACUGGUAAAGGCAAAGCUGCUAACAAAACUGAACAGGGUGCUACUUCUCACACCACAGUUCCUACAAGUACUCCCACAGAGUUCACAGCAGUAUUACCAGCUCAAAGUCAGAGCCAGUCGUUGUUAGCUGCAUCAGUUGCCACAACGUCAAAAUCAUUAUCCGAAGAGGAAAACAGGCUUAACAAUGACAUAAGUGUCUCACCAAUAAAAGAGAAGGAAACCACUACCCUACCAGACAUAGGUCUGGACUUGGGGCACUCCAUCAUUGGGGAAUCCGUUGAAAUUCCAGGAAUCCAUUCAUGCACAGUGGACAUGUGUCAAAAUGGAGGAACUUGUGUCAAGGUUGGAAGUGUAAGCGCUUGCAGGUGUGCUCCUGGUUACAGUGGCGAUCGCUGUGAAACAGAUGUUGACGAGUGCCAGUCGAACCCUUGCCGUAACGGAGGCACAUGUGUUGAUGGGCUGGCUUCCUUCACAUGCGUGUGCCUCCCAAGCUACUCUGGGCUGUAUUGUGAGGAAGAUACUGAAACAUGUGACUAUGGCUGGCACAAGUUCCAGGGCCACUGCUACAAGUACUUCCACCACAGAAGAAACUGGGACACAGCAGAAAGAGAGUGCCGCAUACAGGGCGCUCACCUCACCAGCAUCCUUUCCCAUGAGGAGCAACAGUUUGUUAACCGUCUUGGACAGGACUAUCAGUGGAUUGGCCUGAAUGAUAAGAUGUUUGACAGCGACUUCCGCUGGACUGACGGCACUCCUAUGCAAUAUGAAAACUGGAGGCCCAACCAACCUGACAGCUUCUUCACCUCCGGUGAGGAUUGCGUGGUGAUGAUAUGGCAUGAAGAUGGCCAGUGGAACGACGUUCCAUGCAACUACCACCUUACCUUCACUUGUAAAAAGGGCACAGUGGCUUGUAGUCAACCUCCUCUGGUGGAGAAUGCGCAGACCUUCGGUAAGAAGCGUGAGAGGUAUGAGAUCAACUCCCUGGUGAGAUACCAGUGUCAGAGAGGCUUCAUUCAGAGGCACGUCCCCACAAUCCGUUGUCGUGGCGAUGGACGAUGGGACAUCCCAAAAAUCACCUGCAUGAACCCUUCGAGCUACCAGAGGUCAUUCAUGAGAAGGCAUCAACACAAUCAUCAUUACAGCAUCAACAACUUUAGGACGUGGCCGGACGGGACCCUUCGUUUUCACAAUCAGCUGUACCGGACUAGGAGAGACCCAACAGAACAGAAGCAGAUGAGGCAGUGAAAGAAACGUAACCCUUUCUCUAAAUGAGAACACGUGUGGAAAGACACUUGAGUGGAAGGAGGAAAAGCACAAGAGAAAACCCAUGGAGGAAAACCAGGAGGAUAACUUUCAGUUUUACUGCCUUUUGGAUGACGAUGGAAUCUUAUGAAGUGUCUUUCAAGGAGAUAUUGUUGCCUGAAUUUUUAUCAAAACAGCAUUUUUAUACCUUGGCAGCGUGGACACAGAACUUUCAGCUGGCUACUGGAAAAGCAAAGAGUCCUUUCACAUUCAUUUCCGUCAUUAGCUUAUCAGAUUUAACACCUAACGCCUUAGCUGUGCUAUUGAAAAUCAGCGUGUUCCUUCUUCACGAAACCAGCUGUGUUUGAGCUUCUGCCACUUAUGUUACGCAAAAGAACAGGAAGUUUCCCUUCUCAAAUGACUCAUCACAUUAGCAGAGCAUAUAAACCCUUAGACACAACGUAUAUUCUGAAUUAUGUCUUCAUAAUAUUGCUACAUGCUCAGAUCGCGUGUACAUAUCGCACACAAUUUCAGGAAACUUCACUAAACCGCUCAUUUAACUGCUGGAGAUCUUGGUGGUGGCAGGUUUUUAUAUUCUAGUACCACCUUUCACCAGCUCCAACUUUCACUGGAUGCCAUUAAUGUUAUGUCAGUAUAUGUUUAAAAAACAGAUGUCUAUGGAGAUUAUUUUUAAAAAGUUUUUUUUUUGUACUAUAAUUUUCCAUUAAACCAGAGAAAUCGUUCUGAGUAGAUAGCGGCAAAGCUUUUGUCCACUGAUGAAAAUCGAUGUCUGUCAUCUGUAUUAGAGUGAAACAAGGGGCCGUGUGAUGGGAUCCUCUGCCCAUGUGUGUAGAUAACACCUAAUUAGUCGUUACAGCAUGUUUACAAUAAUUACAAUGCUGUUUGUUAUAUAUUCAUGACUGUUGUGCUAAACAUUUACACCAGCUGUGCUAUGUAAAAUUACAAAGUGUCCCUUAUUCACAGAAAUCAAACAGAUGGCACCAGAGCCGCGUCCUCCUCUGUCUUUGCUGUAGCUUGUGUUUUGUUGAUACUGCUUCUCCUCUGCACAUUUAACUUUUCUGUUAUUGUGGUCUUUGAAAUCCGCCAUUGAGAGAAUGUAUUUUGUGAACACUCAAAAAGACUUGAACGCAACGGAUGUUUAAGCAGAGAUACAUAUAAUUUAUUUUCAAGCUGCUCUUUAUUUUCUUCCUUGUUUGUACUGACACAUGAUUGGAUGCUGUCACCAGGCCGAGCAGCGCUAUUGAUAUAUUUAUGUUAUGAGUCUGACGGGAGAUCGGCCGUGAUCGUGGACUGUUUAACCAGGAUGCAUCAAGGAUGAUAGACAGUCGUCUGCGGUGGAUUUAUGCAUCUUUUUACACUUCUAAUGCCAACAGCGGACCAAAGAUGUGGAGGGCCCCAUCGGCUGCAAUGAUGUUCCUUAACAUUAUCUAAUUAUUUGUACAUGUGAAUGGUCUCCAGCAUUUUUAAAGGGAAAAUGCAGCGUUGUCUCUGCCUGUGAAUGUGUGUGUUUCAGCAUUAAUGUGCACAUAAUAGCGAUUUAUAUUUAUAACUUUGUAUUUUAGAAUGUGAAUGCCUGGGAUAUUUGUGACUUUUUAAACGGAGCAGACUGUUUUCCUGCUUUAAAUCACCAAAGAAAUAAACGAAUUACAUUUAUAUUAUA